AUGACUAUGUUGGUGAACGGGCAACUAUGUCCGUCCCCGGAGACUGUUUAUCGGACCUCCAAUACCAAUACAAACAACGCGCCCAUUUCAUCGGUCGAUCUCAUUCACUCGGUCCUAUCUGUGGGUGUGAUACCCUCGGAACCGGCAUCAGUCAGAGAGCCAUCUCACUCGUCGUAUCCUACGGUGAAUCAAAUGGCAAACCAGCAGCCGCAGCAACAGCAACGCGAACAACAGCCGCGUGUACUGUCAUCGUGUUCUGCGAAUACCCGUCCCACGCAUCCACAACGAAAUGUGAAUUCGGGACGAAACCGUAGCUCCCAGUUACUAACAUCCAGUUCCGGUUACUCGUCACUUCCGGCCAACGCGGGGAUAGGAUUUCAUAACAAGAAUCCGACCGUUUCGGAACGUGCGAUGCAUCAUCAUUCAUCGUCACAGAAUCCGUCUGUCAAACCGGUGACCACUGUGGUUUUCAGCUCACACGGAAUGUUCGGCACUCCUCCGAAUACUUCUCCUCCUCCGCUAGAUAUGGCUACAAUUUCUGCUCGGCGACCGUCGUCAAUUGCCAAUCCAAACCAAUCGCCCCAGACCCCGGUCUCAACAACACUUCGUUAUAUGGAUCAGCGGCUUGGCGGGAGUGGUACAACAGAUUCCAUCAAUCAUACACUACUAUGUGGUUCGCAUUUUUCACUGUGUCGUGUUCUGAGAUGUAAUCGGAACCUUUUCUUGUCUUGUAUGCAUUUCCAAUUCGAACAGAACUCUGCCCCUGGUUUGUGCUUCACAUUUGAUUCAUACAACGGUGACAGGCGAGAUGUAUCAUCGGUCGCUCACGGAUUUGUCGUCCCCGGUUCUGGAUUUCCCAAUUCCCCACAUCAAUCCACAUUGAAAAGUGACCCGGAUCCGCUUAAUUCAUUUCGCAUUUCAUCCGUGGAACGUUUGCAAAGACUUGGCUCAAUGUAUCCGGUUGAACUAUUCCCCGUACCGUUCACACAAGCGGACACGAACAAUGAUCAGGUAAUGGGACCAGUCACCACUACCACCACAAAAACAACAACGGCCAACGUCUGUACAGAUGCGCCCACAUCAUCAUCGUCAGCUGAGGUGACCACGGCCCCGUCGACGGUCACCGUCAAUUUAGAUGCAUUGCCCGCAGCUCAAGUCACAAUAUCGUCUAGCUUGAAUUCAGAUUGUACACUGACGCAGCCACAAUGCACAGAACGCUCAACCAGUACAAGCAGUACGAACAGUGGCUGUAGUAGCGGCACUGUGGUCAGUUCGUGUUCUGCUCAGAAUCUGAUAUUCCCAUGUUCCAUUUGUGGGGAUCGCGUAUUUUCCUGUGAAGGAUGCAAAGGAUUUUUCAAAAGGACCGUACGCAAGGAGUUGAUCUAUACCUGUCACGAUAAUCAGCGUUGUCAAAUUGACAAACGUUUGCGCAAUCGAUGCCAAUACUGUCGUUACCAGAAAUGUCUUCUGGUCGGAAUGCGACCUGUUCGCGAAGAGCGUCAAUUACUACAAGGAGGGGGAUCACUGGAUUCGCCACUCCUGUCUGGAGACACCCCGGAGCCACAGUGUGGCAACUCGUACAUGAAUGACGACAGGUUAGACGGUAGUGGUCGUCAAACCCCAAACGGUCCUUUCGCAGCCCACUCACUCUCACCGAGUUCGUCUCCAACAAGUACACGUUCAAUCCCGACACCGGAUGAUUCCUAUCCACAGCCUGUCGGCUCAGACUUGGCUCAAGAAACAGAACAAUGGACAACCGAUUGGCCUCUUUUACUCGACGCACUGCAACACAUUUCUCCACCUCUGGCACUCGAACAGAUUGCUGCAGCCGAACACGUUCUGGUGAAACGGCGAAACGAAUGGCUUCAGCGUUUGCAGGCGUCUUUGACUCACAUCGACACUUCUGCUGGAGAAGUAUCCACGGUAGCUGUAUUGACGGGGUCAGGGUUGACACAGGAGACUCGCAAGUGUCUACUGCGAUCGGCCUGUUUGGAAUUGCUACUGGCUCAGCUAAUUUACCGAUUAGCCGCAGCUUCUGCACACGCUAAUAUGCUGUAUUCGGAGCAUCGUCCCUGCAUUGAAUCAGUCCGGGACCAAAUCUACGCUGGCCUCGAAUUGCAUUGUAAUCGUUUGUGGCCUACCGCCCCGCAUGGUCGCAUGGGACGCCUUCUCCUACGGAUCCCCGCGCUACAUCUUUUGGCCGUUCAGAUUCGACAAUUAUCAUCCAACUCGGCGAUUGCGAAGCUCCAUGCGGAAGUGAAUCGGUUGUGCACACAAAACACGCCCUGUCCGCUGGUCAGUUCUGCCCAGGAGGCCCUGUUCACAUAG